AGAGAGAGAGAGAGCGAGAGAGCCACACAACUCGCAUACAAACCUUGUGCUGUCAGAUCAAGCAGAGAACUUCAAGAAGAAUGGCCGAAACCCAGACACUUAACUUUGGACCUGAAUGGCUCCGCGCCUUGUCUGGAGGUGGUGGUGGCAGUGGUGGUGGAGGCGGUGGCUGCGGGGUUGCCUCUCCACCCCUCUCACCUGCAUUGCCAAAGUAUAAACUUGCAGACUAUCGCUACGGGAGAGAAGAAAUGUUAGCACUUUAUGUAAAGGAUAACAAGAUCCCUAUAGACCUACAUGAUAAGGAGUUCCUGCCGAUAUUGCAAGAGGAGCCUUUGCCUCCUCUGGCACUUGUGUCUUUUACAGAGGAGGAACAGAGAAAUUUUUCCAUGUCUGUAAACAGUGCAGCUGUACUUCGGCUGACAGGGCGAGGAGGUGGUCCGAUAGUAGGGGCACCAAGAGGCCGAAGUACCUCAAGGGGUAGAGGCCGGGGAAGAGGAGAUGGAGGGUUUUACCAAAGAAGUUUUGAUGAUGUGGAAGGUUUUGGUCGUGGAGGGAGGGAGAUGCAUCGCUCCCAAAGCUGGGAAGAAAGGGGAGAAAGACGGUUUGAAAAGCCAGGUCGAAAAGACCCAGCUGAAGUUGCUCCAGGACAUUUCCCAAUGAAUCACAUCCGAGGAAACUAUGAGGAUGGUGUAACAGUCCCACCGAGGAAGCAUGACUUCACGCGGUCAGAGAGCGAGAACUGGCGUACUUCUCAGAAUGGUGAGGAUGAUGAGGGGGGCUGGCGCCUGGCGGGGUCUCGGCGGGACAGUGACUGGUGGUGCCCCACGAGCCCAGAUGGGCCUCGGUCAGCAGGGUGGCACCCAGAUCAGCGUCGCCGUUUUCCAUUUGAUGCAAGAGAAGACGAGCGUGGCUACAGGAGGCCACGGUCAGGCAGCGGCAGCCUGGAGGACGAGAGGGACAGCUUGCCAGAGUGGUGCCUGGAGGACGCAGACGAGGAGGCGGGCACCUUCGACUCGUCGGGGGCCUUUCUUUCACUCAAGAAAGCCUCCAAGGAGCCAAUCCUGGAGGAGGCAGAGCUCGACUUCAAACCCUUGGAAGAGUGUGAAGAGGGCCUGGAGGAGGAUGACUGUCAGCCCAGGGAGACCAAAGAAAUGGAAACGGAGGCCAAAAGAGAGGCUGAACGAAAAGAGUUGUCGAGAGCAUCAGAGAAGGCUUUACCUGUGAAUCCAACUCUUGCUCCCCCAGUCUCAGAGCCCCAGGCUCCUGCCCAGUCUCUGUCCCUGAGCCAGCCCAACAGAACAGAAGAGUCUGAGAGGCCAUCUGAACGGCAUCCACCCCUGGAGCUCCAACCAGCGCCCUGUAAAGUCCCCCUGCACGUCCCCAUGUCUAACAGUAUGCUUGAGUCCCUACCCAUGAACCACAUUUCUACAACCCUUGCAGAAUUAUCUGCUCCAUCGCCCAGCAUCCAGCUACCGCAAAAGCCCAUGGAGGUUCCUGUGGCGAUGAAUAAUCCUUUGCCCUUCCCCUCAAGUAUAAUUGCACCUAUUGGCAGGCCCACCACUGUGCCACACGACACAGAUGAAGAUGAGGGACUAAAACACUUUGAGCAGGAGGCAGAAAAAAUGGUAGCAUACCUACAGGAUAGUGUGGUGGAUGAUGAAAGGCUUACAGCAAAGACUUCAGAGAAGCCCAAACCUGCAGGCCUGCCGCUCACCCACGAGGCUGCUCUCAAGUGGUUCUACAAAGACCCCCAAGGGGAGAUACAGGGUCCAUUCAAUAACCAGGAGAUGGCUGAGUGGUUCCAGGCUGGUUACUUCACAAUGUCUCUCCUAGUCAAAAGAGGGUGUGAUGAAGUAUUUCAAGCACUUGGAGAGAUCAUGAAGAUAUGGGGAAGAGUACCGUUUACUCCAGGCCCUGCACCACCACCUCUACAGGGGGAUGGUGAUCAGGAGAGGUUGAAGAGGCAGCAAGAGCUCACUGCUCUCAACCUUUACCAGUUACAGCAGCUCCAAUAUCAAUACCUCCUCAGGCAGCAGUAUGCUCAGGCCCUGGCCCAGCAGAAAGCUGCAGCUCUUAGCUCAGCUCCUCUUCAACAGCAGCAACAACACCAACAGCAGAUCAACCUGCUUCUACAGCAAUACCAGGCUCUCAAGCUAAGAGCGUCUGAGAGCCUCCUACCUCCUGUUACCCGGUCCCUGUCUGUGCCAGACUCUGGUUCUGUGUGGGAAAUGCAGAACCCGUCCUCUCAGGCUUCCUGCACAUCAAAUGUCCAACAAGCUGCUUCAAACACAUGGGAUGGCAGCAGCGUGUGGGAUUUACCUAUAGACUCCAUAGCACAGGCUCCAACCAUUGAGCAGAUGCAACAGUUAGAGAAGUCAAAGUCUGCAAAGUUGGAGUUGGAGAGGCGAGAGGCAGAACUGAGAGCCAAAAGGGAGGAAGAGGAGAGGAAACGGCUGGAGGAGGCCCUGAGGGCUCGACAGGUGGAGGAACGCAAGCGCUUGGAAGAAGAGGAGCUGGCACGGCAAAAACAGGAGGAGGCUUUAAGACGACAGCUAGAGCAAGAAGAGGCACAUCGCAGACAAAAAGAGGAAGAGGAGAGAAUGAAACAAGAGGAAGCUCUGCGUAGAUUAGAGGAGAGGCGGAGGGAAGAGGAGGAGAGAAAGAAACGGGAAGAGUUCCUUCGGAAACAGGAAGAGGAGCGCAGAAAGCAAGAAGAACUUGAAAUAUUAAGGAGGCGUGAGGAGGAGAAGCGAGCGGAAGAAGAGGCAACAGCUGCUGCUCUGGCCCAACAGCAACUGGAGGAGCAGAAGAGGAGAGAGCAGGAGGCCCAAAGACAGCAGGAGCUGCAGAGACAGAGGCAGCAGCAACAAGAGGCCCUCAGGAGACUUCAACAACAGCAGCAGCAGCAGCUUGCACACAUGAAGCUUCCAUCCUCUUCAAAGUGGGGCCAGCAGUCAGUCAACACUAUAAACCAGACUCAGAGCACCCUGUCACUGGCUGAGAUCCAGAAACUGGAAGAGGAGAGAGAACGACAGACGCAGGAGGAGCAGAGACGUCGGCAACAAGAGCUCCUGAAGCUACAGCAGCAGCAGGCCUUGCAACUGGCUCAGCAGCCCCAGGCCAAGCUGUCUGGUUGGGGUAGUGUGGCAAAACAGCCAGCUGCAACUAAAUCUUUGCUGGAGAUUCAAAGGGAAGAAGCCCAGCAGAUGAAACAGCGGAAGGAGCAGCAGCAGCAUCAGCAGCAACAGCAGCAACAACAACAGCAGCAACAGCAGCAACAGCAGCAACAGCAACAACAACAGCAGCAGCAGCAGCAGCAGCAACAACAGCAGCAGCAACCACACCCCAUUGCCCCCCAACAGAUCCGUACUCAAAACAGAACUACAUCGUCUCUGAGUAACUCGGUGUGGGGGUCUGUGAACACUAGCACCUGCACUAAUUGGGGCUCAGACUCCAGCAGUAUCUGGGGUGACACCCACAACUCUAACAUGGGCUUCUGGGAUGAAGCUGUGAAAGAGGCUGUCCAGCAACCUCCUCAAACCAAGAAAAGCAGCACGCAGAAGAACAACAAAGGCAACGCCAACAUCAGUAAUUCUGUGAGUGGGCGGGCCAAUAAAAAAGUAGAAGAGGAGGAGAAGCUGCUAAAGUUGUUUCAAGGGGUCAAUAAGAGCCAGCAAGACACCUUCAUGCAAUGGUGUGAGCAAACCCUGCACACCCUCAACACAGCCAACAAUCUGGAUGUUCCAACAUUUGCAUCCUUCCUGAAAGAAGUGGACUCUCCAUACGAGGUGCACGACUAUGUCAGGGCUUAUCUGGGGGACACUCCCGAGGCCAAGGACUUUGCCAAGCAGUUCCUGGAACGUCGUGCCAAACAGAACGCUAACCAACAGAAACAGGCACCGCAGAAACAACAGCAACCCCUCAAGCAGCAGCAGCAGCAGGAUUCUGUAUGGGGUGGAACGGGCUCUUCGUCACUCUAUCAGUCCAACCAUACAAGUGGCCAGCAGCAGUGCUUUGAGACCGUCACCUCAGGGAAAAAGAAAAAGAAGCAGAAGAUGGUCCGCGCAGACCCAAGCCUUCUAGGUUUUUCUGUGAAUGCGUCAUCUGAGAGAUUGAAUAUGGGAGAGAUUGAGACUUUGGAGGACUUUUAAGGGGCACUGCAGCCAAGCAAACCCAACUGACUGUAUCCAAUUUGAACAGCAGUCGUUUUACCCAAACCUCCUGCCACCUUCACCUUUAUUUUCAGUUUUACAUUUAUCAGAUGUCCUCUGAUAAUCACUCAUAAAUUCCAAAUUGUGAACAAACCAUGAUCUCUAAGGCAGGGUGUGGUUUCCUUUUGCUUACGGACCUAUAAACUGAUGAAAACCCUCAAGACAAAUGUACUGUAGAAAACUGGCCAGUGAAACAUCCGACCAGCCAAGAGAGCAAUCAGCAAAUGAACUCAAGUUUCUGGAGAGGAGAGAAGUCUGCAGAGGUGUUUAUGUAUGUUGGGCAUCAGCUGCUUGGUUCCGAAUCUUGUCCUGAAAUUCAGUGACAACAAAUUUGAAAUUUGGCCUCCCAUUAUUUUAAGUGUGGAUAUAUGGUUGGGAUAUUAUGGGGCAGGUUAGAGAGAAUAUAUCCAUUGUUUUUGUUUUAUUUAUUAAAUGUUUUCCCAUUACACUUUAAUCCCCCCCUUCUCUUAUCCCUCCCUGUUGUCUGCUGGGUGUUCAUGGAUAAUGAUGCAAGGUAAAGCCCAAGGAUUCGUGCCCACUUAUGUCCUGUUUUAAGGACAUGUCAAAAGUUCCAAGUAGUUAUCUAUUUCUUGUAAAAUACUAGGCUGUUUAAAGAAUAAACUUUCAAUUCUGCAUCUGUAUUAUAAUAUAUGAAAAUGAUCUGCUGGAGUCAUACUUUUUUAUUGCGGUAUGAAAUAAAACAGUCUGAUAUGUGGGCUGUUCAAACCUGUGUCUGAACUAUUCAGAAAAA